AUGCCUAUGACUAUAGAUGGCACAACACACUGCGGAACGGAAUUAAUAACUCACCUCUUACAGAGAUCGAACGUAGCGGGAUUGACAGGCUACAUAACAUAUAUGGGCCAAAGUGGAGUCGUAUUUCAGCCUACUUUCCUGGUCGUACUACCCGAAUCAUUAGAAAUUAUUGGCAUUGCAAUCAAAGACGCAUUCGUCAGAAGAUGUCCAUCCGAAGGUUACUGA